UUUUUCCCGUCUCUCGUUCAUGUUGGUUGAGUGAUUGAAUAUGUGAUUUGGGAUUGAUUUUAGGAUUGCCCCCAAGCUAAGCUGUGCCUUCGGACCAGUUGACAACCCUACGCAGCUGUCAGUCGCCACAACUGUAAUAGACAAUUAUAUAAAAACGACAAGCUGUGAGAUUCAUUUCAGCAGGCAAAGCGAUAAGGAGCAAUACAGAGAAUAGAAAAACCAGCAGGCCCGUCAAGAUGUCAAUAAUGCGAGCGCUCUGCUGGCAGUUCGAACGGAAGCUGCCCCACAAGAUGGCACGGAUGGCAAUGGUGCGCCGUGCGACCCAUCACGAUGGUACACGCUUGAUGAGCGGCGAUCGCGAGAUUGUUGGCUACGGCGUCAAUGGAAGUCCCAUCUACAUCGAUUGUGUGGAGUUCCCGUUUCCGGCGAUUCGCUAUCGCGAGGUCACACGCGAUCUGUGUGCGGUGCGCGAAAAGGAGCUGGGCGACUGGACGGCGUUGUCGCUGCAGGAGAAGAAGCUGCUCUAUCGGCAUAGCUUCUGCCAGACCUAUGCCGAAUUCCAGCACUUUACGCCCGACUGGAAAUUGGUAAUGGGCGUUGGUUUUUGGUCAGUCGCCAUUGGGCUGCUCAUUUCGGUGUGGUAUAACUUUAAGCUAUAUGAUCCCGUGCCGGAAACGUAUGCAGAGGAGCGACGCCAGGCGCAGCUGCGUCGCAUCAUUCAACUGGAGAUGAACCCCAUUACCGGUCUAUCCUCCAAGUGGUGCUAUCACACCAACAAGUGGAAGUAAGAAAAGAUCCACCAACUGCACACAAAUCAAUUCCACACAACACUCAAAUCGAUUUCACAUGAACAUAAUAACGCAGAAGACACACAAAUUGUUGCCAAAUAAAUGCAAAUACAAUAUGCCCAA